UUUUUUAACAAACAAUUGAAUUUCAGAAUGUUGACGCGAUAAACAUGUUUUCUAAAACAAAAUCUCGUCAUCCCUUAUCUGUAUGCGCAGACUGUGGAGCUUCCAACCCGUCCUGGGCGUCAGUAAACCGGGGUAUCCUAGUCUGCUCCGACUGUUGCUCCGUGCACAGGUCCCUAGGGAGACACAUCUCCCAUGUGAAAUGCUUGAAGCAGGGAACCUGGAUACCGGAGCAGCUAACCAUGGUUCAAUCAAUAUACAGCUGUGGAGCAAACAGUAUAUGGGAGUAUAGUUUACUGAACCCCAACAGCUCUAAAGCUGGGAAGAAGAAACCUCAGCCCUCUGAUCCAGUCCAUCCAAACAAAGGGGAUUUUAUCCGAUCAAAGUAUCAACAACUCUCAUUUGUUUUUAAACCUGCCAAAGACAAUGUUCUAAUCACGGAGUCAGACCUUAGCAAGCAGUUACAUUCAAGUGUAAGAACUCCUAACCUUGAGACGAGCCUUCGCCUGCUAUCUCAGGGAGCGGAUCCAAACUACUUCCACCCGGAGAAGAAUUCAACUCCUCUCUCUGUAGCUGCCAAGGCCGGUCAGGUUUGCCAGGUGGAGCUGCUAUUGGUAUAUGGAGCUGAUCCCGCCGCUAUAGAUCUACAAGGAAAGAGUGCUGGUGAAUAUGCACGGGCCGGAGGGUUCCAUGGUUUAGCGACUAGAAUAAACAAUGCACAGUAUGAAUUAUCAGACAGAAUUUCUUUUUUCCUGUCCGGUAAACGACCAGAGCACAGCAGUAACAAUCAUUAUAUAAUCCCUGAACCUUCUGUAGAAAACAGCAAGGUAGCCAGGAAGAAGAUGACUGGUUUGAACAAUAAAGUAUUUGAAGAGCUUGCUAUAGAUGUAUAUGAUGAGGUGGAUAGACGUGAGACUGAUGCUCUUUGGAACAAACUAGAACCUAACUCACAGAACAGUGUCGUAGUUCCUUUCCUACCGGUCAACCCAGACUACAGCGCUACUAGAAACCAAGGUAGACAAAAGCUUGCCCGUCUUACGGACGCAGAGUUCGCAGCUUUAUCCAUAGACGUUCUCAAGGAAAUCAAGAGAAGACAAAAUGAGAUUGAUUCCUCACGAGGAUUCACUAAAUUCAAGUACUCCCCCAGUGCGGAGCUCAACCAAACCUUACAAAAGUUGAAUCUUGCGAGAACUCUGGGAGCUGGAAAAAUGCGUGAUUCUGCUCUAUCCGACGACGAACCCCUGUAUGAUAGCGUGGCAUCUGAUGAUGAUUAUUAUAAUAUUGACGAUAAGGAUGAGAAGAAAUUGAGACAUUUAUCGAUGUACAAGGCUGGAAGUAAGGAAAGAGAAAGUUUGAUGAGUAUGGGAGGAAAUUCUAUCAGUGCAACCCUUCAACGAUCUAAAUCUUUGGCUGCAGCCGACAGGGAACCCGCCCCACCUCCAGAUUAUGCUGUACUGAAAGAGCAGCUUGAGAGUUCAGAAAAGAAAGUUCAAGCUCUGAUCGCCAGCAAUGAUGACAUGAGAUCUGAAUUGGCUAAACUCCAAUCUACAGUACAGAAACUAGUAAAUGAUAACAAAAGUCUGCAACGGGUGAGUAUGUCUCCCUCUCAUGGACAAAAUAUGAACGAAUCUCCUCAGCAUAGUACACACAUGCUGCUCCGAGGUGAAGGAGUUCCCUAUGUAGAUGGAAGAUCUGGUUCUCCACACGCUUCUCAUUCAUCCCCACUCCGCUCCCCACAGAGUCCUGGUUCAAGAGCACAGUCUAUGUAUGAGUAUAGGGAUGGGAGAGGAGGGUUUAGCAGUGCAGGUCCAACCUCUCUACCUGGACCCGGAGCUAACUAUAUGCAUGUUGGAUCUGGGAGCCCCAGGAACCUGGCUUCAUCCCGUAGGGAUUCAUUAGAGCAGAACUAUCCUCGGUAUCCUAGCGGAGGUUUUGAAGGACCUCAUAGUCUUCCUUACUCCUUGCAUCAACAAUAUCAAGAUGGAACUGGUUUUCAGGAUGUUCUUCCCUCCCAGGAGGAAGUGGUUCGGAGAACAGAGGCUAUCACGAGAUGUAUCCAGGAGCUUCUAAUUAGUGCCAAGGACGAAAAGUUUGAGUCUUUUAUCCCGUGCUCCGAAAGAAUAGUGCGCGCUGUGACUGAUAUGGUUCUUCUCUUUCCAGAG